CUAGUAUUGUAUGAGACGUUGUCGAGGAAGGUCGUUCCAUCGACGCUGUUAACGGUUUUCUGAGCAGCUUUUACUAUCCCGACGAAAUUACGGGCGUUACUUUCGUGCUGUAAGGACCGAGGUUUCGUGUAGUGGCGCACACCAGAAUAGAAACAGUAGCGUGACGUUUAGACGCAGUUUCGUCCAUGUUUUGUUGCUUAGGCUACACUCUCUAGCCUAAGAGGAACCCGCGGCAGACGUGCCUAACGUAAAUAUAAUACAAAUAUUAAAAUCACGGUCACUUCCUUCGUACGGCAUUCAGUGCGGCAUAUAUUCUCUGAAGUUGGCGCGUAAACGAUAAAUGGCCCCAGGACGUCGCCCAUUGGAGGAUCUCUUGAAGUCUGGUGGUGAAGCUCGUGUGAUCGGUGAGCUGAUCACAGGUCGCGAGGGCGCCAACUACUCCCCAGGGGGGGAGUCUUGGACCUGCGCUUUCGCUCCGGACGAGUCCAGGUUUGCCUGGUCAUGCGGCUUCAGGAAGGUGGUCAUCAUCCCGUGGAAUAGAUACAAAAAUUGCCUGUUUGGACAAAGAAAACAGCAAUCUGAUGACAGCCAGGACGCAGACGGAUAUGAACUCUUUACGGAAAAAAUUAGUAUUGACGCAGGAUUCACUGUAACAAGUCUAGCAUUUGGUACAGGCACGCCUGAAGAGGACCUCGUACCUGUAAAACGGGAGUACUGGACGCGCUUUGACUUUUCGAAGGAUCUCAUACUUGCCACAGGACACAGCAAUGGAAGAAUCAGGAUUUGGGACCCUUACACUGGUAAACUUCUGCUCGAGUUGACAGAUCAUGUACAACCAGUCACAGCAUUAGCAUUUGCUCCAGAUGGAUCUUUGCGACUGGUUUCCGCCUCAAAGGACUCCACCAUCAAGGUGUGGGACAUGUGCGACGAUGGAAACAUGUUCAAGACAUUACGUGAACACAUUGGUCCUGUUCGCGGGUUGUGCUGGUCACCAGAUGGCAAGUUCCUGUGUUCAACUGGUGACAAACAGAAGGUGCUGCUCUGGGACAUGGAGUCAUACCUCUUAGCAAAAAGAUUUUCUGGUCAUUAUAAUAAUGUCCUUUCUUGUGCCUUUUCUCCUGAUGGUGCUAUGCUGGCUACUGCAUCUGGUGAUACGAGGGUUAUCUUAUGGGAUACGCACACAGGUGAACAGCUUCGAGUGCUAAACCACAUGAACCCACCUCCUGGAGUGAUUUAUAUGUCAGGGGAAAAUAAUUCUGUUGUGAAGGGUGUGGCAUUUUCUCCAAAUGGCUGCCAUGUAGCAACUGUCUGUAGUGAUGGAUUCCUACGAUUUUGGAACCUGACAUGUGAAGAUGAUGAACCAGAGUGCAUGGGAGCUGCUCUAGAAGGAACUUCAAUGUUGAACUGUUGCUAUUCCCCUGUUGGAGGAGCGGUAGCUGUAGGCCAUUCAUCGGGAAGUGUACUUUUCUUCUUGGCACCAGCAUUAGUUCCUUCAUUACUCCACCUUUCAAGAAUGUCCAUCCGAAGAUCACUGGGAGAUAUCACAAAACGGGAGGACCUUCUGUUGCCUCACACUUUAAAACCUUAUCUUCAGUACAAGCAUUGGUGAAUUUUUUUCAUAAUGCCAAGCAUUUUUGUAUUUAUCAAAAGUGACUUAAAUUUUAGUGUUAUGCCUAAUUUAUUCUGUAAACUUUUUGUAUGUUCCUAAGACAGUAAAAUAGCCGUUGGAUGUCUGAACAUUUUACAGGCUAGACAUUUUUUAUGUCAUUAACAAAAUCAUGACAAACUAGAGGAUAUUCUCUAGUUUGAUAGCAGAAAUUAUGAAUACAGUACUGCGCUCAUGUAAAUAAGAUUGUGCAUCUGGUUAUUUCCUUUACCAAACAUCGUAAGUUAUUUUGCUGUACAAUUGGAAGUUAAAGUUUCCAGGAUUAACUAUUAUUAUUAUUAUUUUUAUGAAAAAGCAACUUUUUGUGCUGCUCUAAUUUUUUAUUGUUCAGUAGAUUUAAGUUGUCAUUAAUCAGUAGGAUUUAAUAUAUAUUCAUUUUAUAAUUUAAAAGUAUAUAUUAGGUCUUUCUGAGGUGCAUUUUACAUCUAUUUCAUUCACAAUGACUGAUUACUCAUUGAAUUUGUCAUACAUUUUUCAUUUGUUCAUUCACAAAUAUGAGAUUUCUCAUCCCAUUACUUGCCAUAAAUUACUUGCUCACAUUCCCCUUUUUCGGAGGAAAAUCACUUGUUAUUUUCGUCAGACCAGUCAUAAAUGUCUAAUGAAUGUCUCUGUAUAUAGUGGUAGCUAGUGUGAAGAUUUUCAAAGCGAGUUUUAGAAUUUGGGAUCCUUGUAAGUGCAGGAUCGUGUCUUACAUUGAGACCUCUUGAAACUCUUAAGGGCUUUUCUUUUCUUCAGCACCAGUAUUAAUCAUGCUGUGCAGAAUGUAGUUUACAAUGGAAGCUUUUCCUUACAUUUUUUAAAGAUUCAGUAUUAUUUCACCAGUUUUGAUUGCUGUCAAUGAAAGAGAAUAAGCCUUAUGAAUGUAGUAAUUGUAAAUUUAGAAUGAUAUUCCUUUCAAGACUAACCAGGUGGUAACAUUUUGGUUUUGAUUUAAAGUUACAGGCAUCCAUAAUUUUUAUAAGAAUUAGAGGGGAAAAUAACUACUUUUGGAGAGGCUCAGGAUGUGACAUUGUAUUUCACAAUCUGUAGGUGUUAAAAAAGUGAGAAUUGAAAUUUUUCAAUCCCUAAAAAUAAUGAAAAUUAAAAUAUUUCAAUCCCUAGAAAAGGAAAAGGACUAAAUUUUCCAGUUUUUAUCAUUUGUGUCGUGUUUUGGCAUUUUAAAUUGUAUACAGUUGUAAUCUCGUUGGAAAAGGAAUCUCCCUCAUUAGUUUUCUGUCAUUUGAUAGGAACAGUUAAUACAAUCUGUCUGUAAUGAAUCAGGAAACUGGUGUUUUGGGAAAUGGAAUUUGUCAGUAAUUUUGAUUAUUCUCUUUUAAUUACUUUAUGUAGCAUUGGUAACCUUAAAAUACAAACUAUAUUUACUUUAGAAAAAAUAUAUACUAUAUAUAUAUAUCUCAAAGAAAAGAUAUCUCGAAGAAAAGAUAUCUCAAAGAAGUUGCCUUAUACAACACAAUGAAAAGUGAUUUUUUUUUUAAUGUACAACAACUGAAGUGUUCCUGAUUCAAACAAAUCUUUCUGAUUGGUUUCCAAAUAUUUCUAUAGCCUCUAUAAAGCUGCUAUGAUGACAAGACUACAAAAAUUUGAAACUGCCUAUUUUAGUUAAUUCACUUUAUAAGCAGAUACGUAAUAUUUCAUCUUGGGGGGUUUAAAAUGAAAUUGUUUCCAAUUAGUGUAAGGAAAUUAAUUGCUGAUAUGUAUUUGAUGGAAGAAUAUGUAUAUUAAGAGAUUGCUAAUGUUCCUGCUUAAAUGUAUUAACUAGUGUAAAGAAAUAGCAUUGAUAUAUUCUUACUAAGUCCAUUGUACAGUUUAGUUUUUGUAAUAAAUGUCAGUCCAUA